AUUCAAUUGUAUUUAGCAUUUAAAAUGUUGCUUAAAUAAAAAGGUCUUAGCCUGGCGCCGAAAAACAAAUAACGACGGCGCCAGGCGGACCUCUCUGGGGAGCGCAUUCCAUUCAUGUUCACUUUAUCUGUUUUCUGAUUCCGUAUAAGAAUUAGCAUUCAGAUUAUCAAUGAAGUUGAACAGUGUUCAUGGAGUGCAAAUUUGGUUGCUUAUCCAGACAAUACAGUUAUCUCAUAUCUUUUUGAUAAUUUGUUUAAAAAGGAAAAUGAAGAGGAAGAAGACAAAGCCCAUACCACAUUGACAUUGUCCAUCACUACUGGCCUAAACCCAUACUCAGUUUUGACUGUGGUGCAGUUGUGUUUCAAAAGAGGCAGAUAAAAUAGUGAAUUUUUAAUAUCUGUAAUAGGUAGACUAUGAUUUUGUAAGUUGGUUCCAUUUUAAAGAAUUUAUAUAUAUAAUUUAUUUUUAGUAAUUAAAUGUUAUUUAGAUAGGAUUUUUAGUCAGCAUAGAGUGAAAAUAUAAUUUCUGUAAUUGCUUGUCUAAUCUUUAUUUUUUUUAACUCAUCUAAUGUGAGCUACAUUUCAGAAUAGCCAAUGAAAAUGCUAUUUUUAAAUUAAAUCUCUAUAAAUAUUACUGUUGAGAUACAGACAUCAAAACUCUGUUGUUCAGUGAAGAGCUCUGCAUCUGAGAUGCUUUUAGGCCAACAGGUUUCCAGGUUGUUGCUACAAGUUGGUACCCUUUCAUUACAGAAUUCCCUUGUGAUUGUUCAUAAUGACAGCUUCUCAAGAGAUGAUGAAAAAUCAUUGGCUUAAACAACAUUAGCUUGGUUUUGUUUUUCAGUUUUGCAUUCUGUGAAGAGACCGAUUAUUGUUUGUAUCUUUCUUCAACAUGACACAUAAUAUGAAAAUUCAUUUUAUGAGAAUGAAAUGCCUAUGAAUUUGGCAAGAAUUUUUACUAGGCCUUUUAAAGUGCAAGGAUUCUAAAGAAUUGAAUAGAUCUGGAGAAGGAAAACAGCUAAAGAACAUUCGCUGAAGAACAUGGACCUCAAUCAUGGGGCACUGGAAAUAUUUGCCUGUGUCGUAAUGAUCUCCAGUAGUGUCGUUGGAAAUACCUUAUUGAUUUUCUGCACGUGGAGAUGCAUCAAUGAACAUUUGAGAACCUCAUUCACACUUAUUUUCAGUCUUGCAUUUGUCCAUCUUGUAAACAACUUGGUGGUGAACAUCUUGAAGACUGUUUAUGCGUUUGGUGUUUGGUUGGAGCCAGUGGGCUGCAAAGUUAUCGUGUUCACAACAACUUGUACUACUACUCUUGCCAUAUGGUUCACAUUAUAUCUUGCGUUACUCUACUGUUUGAAAUUGUGUCGAGUGGUACACCCUCCAGCUGAAGCGGCAAGCAGAAACCUUCGGAAAUAUCACUUGUCACUACUUUUUGCUCUCUGGUUUGCUGGUAUUGCAAUUUGCUCCCCACUUCUACUAUAUGUACAAAAGACUGGACAGCUGAAUUUGAAAAAUGAAACCUACCAGGAAUUUAGCAGUUUAAUUUAUGCUGAAUGCAAGACUGAAUACAAAAAUGACAAGAUAGAGAUUUUUUAUGGAAAAAUAUUUCUAGUAGCUGUCGAUGUUCUCCCACUGCUAAUUAUGCUCCUAGUUGGUUUCCGAAUAGCACACCUUGUCUGGCAACAUAAGAAGACAACAUAUGGUGGCAUAUGGAUUGGGAAUGAUGCUACUGAAACUGAAGUCCUCAGAGCAUGUAAAUAUAUUCUGUUGUUAAUACUGCUUAUUACUUCUCUCUGGAUUUCUUACUUUACUCUAAUGUACUGCCUGAAGAAUUUCAAAUAUUACUACUUUGCACCAUCAGUCCUGACAGUUCUGUCUUCAGGAUACUCAGCUGUGAGCCCUUAUCUUCUUAUGUUGAUUAACUACAAAGUACAAAUGAGGUGUUUCUGUUGUAAGGAUGAGAAGAUACCAGUUUCCUUAUCAGCUAGUUCGCCUUUUGUUUCUCCAUAUGCUUAGCCAGCAGAAUUCUUCUCUGAAACAUUAUCUGUUGGGUGCACCGAAAAGACAGUGUUGGCACUGGAGCUAUGUGUGUUUCUACAUCUACACUGAAAGCUCUUCCCCACACCACUCCAUCAUUUGUCAAGAGCAAGGUGUAUAGAUUCUGCCUGUGCAAACCAGGGACUGAACCUGGUGUUCCUUACAGCAGCUAUCAUUAUUCUCAUUCAGAGCCAUUAUUCUCUUGGGGGUCUCUUAGAAAGGACACCUGCAGUGCCCUACCCCUCUGUGAAUCUGUCCCUUCUCUCCCAUAGUCAGCAGAUGCUGCUGUUCCUCUUCCUCUUGCUCACAACUGGAACUCUUGCUUGCUUGACAUGCAGAAAGUCAGUUGGCAGCAGCAGCUACUGUUCCUCCUCCUUACCAACAGCACUGUCUGGAUCAGAGCAGGAGACAGGUGAACAAAUGGCUUGUGGUUGUGAAUGGGUGGAACAAGUCCAGGGAGAUCAUGUCAGUGAUCUACCAUGGGAAGGGGAGCCCUUGGCUGGUGCCCCAGCCAUGCCUACCUCUGACAGUAGCCCUGUUCUCAUUUACUUUAGUGACCAAAGUACAGCAAGCCUCAUGGUUGUACUGCCUGCCUUGGUCACAUAAGCAGGAAGCAGGGAAAGUGUAGAUGUCCUCCACAUACAGCCUGAAAUGGUAAAGGGUAUUGAUUUAUGGGCAGGAGAUCCAGGCACCAUUUUCAGUCCUCCAGCUCCCUCAUCCAUUGACACAAAGUGUCAGGAAACUCCAAAAUGGAUUGAAUGUAUAAUUUGCAAGGUGUGAAAUUCCACUGCAGAGUGCAAAAACAAGACACCUAUGUAAAUUAGAUUCCUUCUUCCUUGGAAAUAUUCCUAUCUGUUUGGUGACAGAAACCUAGAAGCAGACUCUUCCAACUGGCAUGGAGUCUGGUGCCAUUGAGAAUCUGCACUAUCUGGUCUCUUCAAAAGUGAGCAGGACCAUGUUCAUGAUUCAAAGCAGAGCAAAAUAUUACAAUAUGUGCUGAAACAUCCAAGACCCAGAUUUCAAACCAAAUCAUGACUUCUAUGUAAGGACACUUGAUAUCUGUUCCAUUCUACUUUAGAAUGUAAUUAAUGUGACUUUUUCCAAAGUCUUAAAUAAAUACCCAUAUACUUUAUGCUGUAAUUUGCUAUGCUAGGAAAAUAAUAAAAUAUUCCAUAUUGCAUUGAUUUUGUUUGCUUGUUUGUUUUUAAAAAAAUGGAAAUACAUUUCCUUGCAAAUAUCAAUAAAAUAAACUGAGUGCAUAACUAACUAAUAAAGCAAUAAAGAGUUGCCAUGUGCUUUUCAGAUGAGUUCUGCAUCCUGUGAACUAUCAGAGCAGUGAUGGUGAACCUUUCAGAGACCAGAUGCCAAAACUGCAACCCAAAACCCACUUAUUUAUUGCAAAGUGCCAACACUUCAAU